AUGUCUGAGAAAGUUAGCGACGACAGGCUCGAGAAUGCCGAGACCCGCGACCCUGCCAUCAAGACGAUUAUGCAGAACGCCGGGACGGCUCAGGCCCAGCACUACAGCCCCAAGACGGACGAGGAGAAGGCGCUCGACAAGAGGUUGAACCGCAAGCUCGACUGGAUUGUCUUGAGCUUGCUCGCUGUCGAAUUCAUCUUCUGCGGAAUCGACAAGACCAAUGUCGGCUUCGUCGCCACCAGCAGCUUCCCCAAGGAUGCGAAUCUCGGUCCCGAUGAUAUCCCCAACUCCCUCUCUCUGUUCUCCGUUACCUAUGUCAUUCUCCAGCCCGUCAUGGUGAUCCUCGCCCGACGCGUCGGCGUCAAGUACUUCAUCUCAUUCCAGCUCAUCCUUUGGGGCGGCCUCUGCAUGGCCCACGCCGGCGUCAACGGCUCCGGUUCCCUCACCGCCCUCCGACUCCUCAUUGGCGCCGCCGAGGCCGGUUUCACGCAGAUUGGCAUGUUUUACCUGUCCACCAUGUACCCCAAGUACAGCGUCGGUUUCCGUGCGGGUAUGUUCACCGGCAUGUACUCCAUCGCGGGUGCCUUUGCCGGCCUCAUCGCCUUUGGCCUGCUCAAGAUCAACAACGGGCCCGUGCAUGGAUGGCAGGUCGUCUUCCUCCUCGAGGGCGGCGUCACCGUCCUCCUCGGCAUCCUGUCCUUCUUCAUCUUCCCCAAGAGCCUCGCCACCGCCUGGUUCCUGACCCCCGAGGAGAGGGAGCAUGCCGUGCGCCGAAUGGAGAUUGACUUGGCGGGCACGCAGGAGGAGGCGGACGUCAACAACAGGACCGUCUCCAAACAGGACAUCAUGGAUGUCCUCAAGGACUGGAAGAAGAUCCUCACCGUCGUCUUCAACAUCACUACCGUGCUCCCCGUCACCGCCUUCACCACUUUCCUCCCCCUCGUUGUCGCUGGUAUGGGUUACAAGGGAACGACUGCCACCCUGAUGAGUGUCCCCCGUUUGUCGCCCGCGCUCAGGCUUGGUGUUGCCGGUCUUCUCAUCAUCGUAUACUCUAGCGAUCGUUUUAGGGAGCGCUCUCUCCACACCGUUCUCGGAAUGGUCAUUGGUCUCAUCGGCCUGAUCGUCAUGGCGGCCUCCACCAACACCAAGCUUCGCUACGGAUUCGCCCACGUCUGCAUGUCAGGCGUCUUCGUCGGUGGACCCCUCAUUGCCGUUUGGCUUGCCGGCAACACUCCCUGGAAGGGAAGCAGGAGUGUCAUUCUGGGCAUCAACGGCUGGUCCAACUUGGCUGGUGUCAUUGCCGGCCAGAUUUUCAAGAGCAAGUAUGCUCCUCGAUACGAGACUCCCCUCUUCAUCACCAUGGGCAUCAUGGCCUUUGGCGCUUUGGGCUUGAUCUUCAUCCGAAUUAUGUACAUGCUCGAGAAUAAGCGUAGGGCUGCCGAGAUUGCUGCCUGGGACGAGGACCGAUUUAUCGAGGAGUCCAACUCGCUCGAGAGGCGCGGUGACCAGAGGAGGACUUUCAUCUAUGGAUACUAG